UUCGCUGACAUGGGGGGUCUCAAACUCGCCUACUACGCCUACCAGAAGUGGGUACGGGAGCACGGCCCUGAGCACCCCCUGCACCACAUGAAGUACACACACGACCAGCUCUUCUUCAUCGCCUUUGCCCAGAACUGGUGCAUCAAGCGGAGAUCCCAGUCCAUCUACCUGCAGGUGCUGACAGACAAGCACGCCCCGGAGCACUACAGGGUCCUGGGCAGUGUCUCGCAGUUUGAGGAGUUUGGACGGGUCUUCCACUGCCCCAAGAACUCGCCCAUGAACCCAGUGCACAAGUGCUCGGUGUGGUGAGGCUCACCCCCCUCCAGCAGGCUGGGACCCUCCAUCCCCUCCCCUGCCUAAGUGACACCCUGUGCCCACUCCCCAACUUCCCAUCUCCCCUCCCUAUUGUCCAGGUAAAGGGGGCACCCUCGGGUGUCACAGGGGGUCGCCCCAAAGGCAGGCACCUGCCAUAGGGGUGUAGGCAGCAGAGACACUCGGGCUGGGCCGCUGCCUCCUGCCCAUCCACCUCCCAUCCACUGCCCUGCGCACUGAGGGGUCCUCAUUGCCCAUGAAGGAACAAGGGCAUGCCCAGGCACCCCUGUGCCCCCUUUUCUGUCCACCUGGCCCAAACCCUUCACCCAGCCCUACCACAUCCAUCCCAGUGUCAGUCAAGGCAGGGGGAGGACUCCAGAGUUACCAAGGGGCUGCCCCAUGCCAAAAGCCUCCCCUGCACGGUGCCCUCCCCGUGCCAGCCCCCUCCUGUCCAUGCAGCAGCCCCACCGAGGCGGGGCACAGCGGCGCAGCCGGGCCGGGCAAUGCCAGCCUGCCUGGGAGCACAUACACACGGACACUGCUGUAUUUUUCGCUGCUGUUUCUGGUCA